AUGGUUAUCCAGAAGAAUGAUCUGAAGUUUUCGGCGAGGUUGGUACACUCUUUCUUGUGUAAGGAGUUGAUGACAAGCAAGAGACAUGAGAAGUGGUUCACUUUCGCUAGGAGACCUCUGCGUUUUGGAUUGCAAGAGUAUGAUGAUGUCACUGGUCUGAAAGUGAAGCGAGAGAAUAACAGUGGGUUAGUGACAUGGAAAGAUGAUGAUGGUUUUUGGAGCAAGCAGAUAAAGACAAAUGGAAAAAUAAAUUUGCAGAUCAUUAAAAAGAAGCAUUUGGAAGAGAGCAAUACCUGGACUUGGGUUGAUAGGGUGAGACUGAUAUAUCUUUGCGUUAUUAUGGGUGUGGUGAUGGGGAAGGAUGAGAAGGUGAAUAUCCCGCAUUUGUACAUGAAGUUGGCGAUGGAUUUGGAGAAGCUUCGGAAUUACCCAUGGGGUCUGUAUUCGUUUGAUUUCCUUCUGAAGCAAAUUGAUAAAACAAAGCAUAAAUUAGAGCAGAAAGAGGGGUAUCUGAUGGAAGGAUUCUUGUUUGGUUUCCAAAUUUGGAUAAUGGAAGUUGUUCCUGCUUUAGGAGAGAUUUGUGGCACAAAAGUCAGUAAAAAUUUUACAGGUCCACUGUGUGGUAAUUGGAGAGGAUGUGCAAAAUGUUCUUAUGAAGAUAUCAUUGGCGUUGAGAACUUAUUCCCAGAAAAUGGGAUUUUGCAUUCAUUCAUGGAAUCCCACAUAGAUGGAGUGGUCCUUUUGGCAACUGAUUUUGUACAGAAUGAUGAGAAGAAAGAUGAAAGAGUAGAUCGCAUUUGGAUAUGA